UGGGGUUUCAAGGCACACUCCUUGCUUUUCUUCUGUAAUUUUCCUUUUUUGCAACAUUUUUGAGCUUGGUGCACAAAAUAAUAAAGCGGACAAGUUUAUUUUUCUGGAUUUUUGUUUUCAUUCAUCGAUAACACAUUGAAUUGAGUUUUUGAAAGAUGCUUUCCUAUACUGAACAAGACAGUCCCGAAAACUACGAAUUUACGGUUUCUUACAGUGAUACAGCCGAUACCAAGUAUGCUCGAUGCCCUGAAUGUUGUAUUGGUGGAUCUCGCAUUAGCACGGCCCAUGUAUUCGAUAAUCAAACGCACCUUCGUUGUCGCAAGCACGCAAGGCUGUACUAUUGUCGCAGUGACGAUUUCGAUGUCAUUGCGUUUCCGUGCAGUGAAAAGAAGGAACACUUGGAUAAGCAAGUCGUGAUCCAGCGGAACGGAGUUAUGGUGCCCACAAGCACGACGAAUCGGUCUAAUCAAAGUUCCACAACAACGAGUGCUCAUAAUCACCAGCUGGUGUCCAUGGCCAUGUCGAGUGAACCGUCUCUGGCCUCGGCCUCCGCUGCUCAUUCACUUGCCAGCUCCAAUGUAUAUAUGAUUUGUUUUAUCGUAGCUUGCAUUUUCACAUUCAUGUACCGUUCAAAGUAAAUAAAAAAAAAUCAGCAUCCAUCACAUCAUUUACCCAUGUCUGCCAACCAGGUUAAACGGCUGCAUCCUUGUCCUUCAAUGCUGGGACCAAUAGCAGUAGAUUCCAUUUUUUAAAGUUGACAAUCCGCAUUGCACCCCAUCACCGCCACGUUGCACGUCUUUAACCAUAGUGCAACAGUCUGUGCCACCCUUUCGGUCAAGGCACCAUCAUCACUUUAUCCAAAAGGCCAAGUGUGAGUCCGCCUUAUUGACUAUAGAACAAUGAAUGUAAAUUUUGAUAUGCAGAUCGUACAGGAUCAAGAAGUAGGGUGGCAGGAAAAAAGGGGGCGGAGGUGACUCACCUCCAUCCCCGCGGGAUAUUAUGAGGCCAGCG